GCACAUUUGAAAAUGAAAACAUAAAUUGCGCAUGUCAUAUUAUCGAGUGUAAUCAUAGUUUAGGGUUCGUGAUUUAAACUUAUUUCUUAUAUUUUUCAUUUUCAAAAUUAUUAAUAAAAAUGUCAGAUGCCACGUCACGAAAGGUGAAAAGAUUUUCAGAAUCUGAUAGAAAUUCCGAAUUUGAUGCUGCAACACAAAAAGCUUUGGAAGAAAUUGAUGUUUGUCAAAAUGAAAUUGAUAGUAUUAAUGAAAAAUCCAGUGAAGAGAUAUUAAAAAUUGAACAAAAGUACAAUCGACUAAGAAAACCGUUUUAUGAAAAAAGAAAUAAUUUGAUCAGCAACAUCCCUAAUUUCUGGAUUACAGCUAUUAUGAACCAUCCUGAUUUAAGUGCUUUACUGGAUGAAACUGAAGAAGAUUGUCUUCACCAUCUUACAAAAUUAGAAGUAGACGAAUUUGAUGAUAUUAAAUCUGGAUAUUGGAUAAAAUUUUAUUUUGAGGAGAAUCCAUACUUUGAAAAUUCAGUUAUUACUAAAGAAUAUCAUUUAGAUAGCGCGACACCUACUUCAGAGAGUACUCAAAUAAUCUGGAAAGAAGGUUGUUCUCUUGCUCAAAAUGUUGAGGCAAAUAAGCCUGGGAAAAAGCGUCGCCAUGAACCUGCUAAGACAUUUUUUAGUUGGUUUAAUGAUAAUGUAGAUCCCUAUACCGAUGACAUAGCUGAGAUUAUUAAGGAUGAUCUUUGGCUCAAUCCCCUUCAGUACUAUCUAGUACCUGACGUUGAAGGAGAUGGAGAGAAUGGUGUUGAUGCUGAAGAAGUAAGUAGCAGUGAAGAUGAUGAAGAAAGGGAAGCAGGAGAAGAAGAAAGUAGGAAUCAACGCAAGUAAUUUCCUUGUGAAAAGUAUCUUCGGUGGCUAUAAAUUUUUUUAUUUUGAGAAGUAUCACUUGAUAUACAAGUCAUAUUUUCUGCAUUCUUAUAUUAUUAAACAAUAUUUACAGUUGCAUUUAUUCAAUAGCAACUGUCAUAAGUAGUUCAUAUCUUAAAUGAUUAAUGAUAAAGAUAUGCAUUAAUUUUUCAAUUUCUGCAUAACAAAAUUUUUAAAUACAUGAAACAUAUCAACAAACAAAAUGCAAUGUGUCUUAGAGUAAUGUCAGGAAAAUUAAUAUUCCCAUCAUAUAUUCAUAUUUACUGUAUUUAUGGAAACGUCAGUUAUACAAAUAUUAAACUUUACUACCAGUAUACCAACACUCACAAAACACUGUCUAGUCCUUUGAGUCUGGUGUGAACCAGUAAUCUAUGGAAGUUUCCAAAAACCAGAUGGUGAACAGUGUGUGUAGUAUAUUUGACAGUGAAUAAGGAUACAAAUAUAAUUUUCUUCAAAUUUCAAAUUUGUUUUUGACAGGAACAAAAAUAAAUUUGAUUGCAUCUUAAUCUAUUAUUGUUUUCUUUACAAAAUUUUAUUUCUCUGAGGCUAUUUGCUUUGGUUACAAUGAUUGUGAAAUGCUGCAGUAGAUAGCUAUUAUGUAAAUCUGUAUUAUAAUUAUUAUAGUUUUACUAUUUUCAAAAAAAUUCAGCGAGUUGUGGUCAAUCUGCAGUGAGAAAUAUAAAUGUACAUUAUGAAAAUAUAACCAAAUAUUUACUAAUAGAUUAACGAAUAAAAAUAACUAAAGUAAUUUAUCAAACCGUUGAUAAUAUUCAUAUUGAACACACUAAGUAAAACUUCCAUUACAUUAAAACUCACAGUAGUAACUGUAUACCUUCAGUCUUGGUUGAUUGAAACGCUCCUCAGACAGUGUAGUGGUAGUAAUGAGUGUGUUCAUUAUGAGUACAAAUAAGUAAAACUCUAUAGUGUAACUAAAUUAUUGUCCUUCCUAGUAUGUUAUUUCGAAUGGUGGUGUGGGUUGAGGACUCAAAAUAAAACUGUCUAAGAGUUUUUUAAAAUGCUAACGUUUCGACAACACAUAUGGCAGAGAGCCUCGAUAAAGAUCAAUUAAAAGAUCGAAACGUUGGCAUUUUAAAAAACUCUUGGACAGUUUUAUUUUGAGUCCUCAACCCGCAACACACACACAUAUAUAUAUAUAUAUAUAUAUAUAUAUAUAUAUAUAUAUAUAUAUAUAUAUAUAUAUAUAUAUAUAUAUAUAUCAGUUAUCAGUUACAUAUUAUUCGGUUCCGGGAGGUGCAAUUCAACUAUGUAUUAAAAUUGUAAAUUCUAUCACGUGCUCUAGAAGCUGCAGCUUCCAAAACUUGCAUAUCCAUAGUUUAUUCAGAUGCUCUGCUCAACAUGAGUUGGUGUUUGCCUACUGUAUUAAAAUUUGUUAAUCAUGAAAGUUUUUUGAAGAUCACAAGUAAAUCCAAAGUCAAUUGCUUCACUUUUUCUAACCUACUCAACUGUAUAAAUAUUAAGAAACUGAUGAAAUAUUAAUUUGUAUAUAAUUAAUUUGAUCAGUAUCGUAUUAUUAUCAGUUCUUCUUGUAAGGGUCAUGGGACUAGGUGAAACGUUAUUUUGUUAACUAAUUUGAUUUCAACAAGGAAAUUAGUUUCUGUUAGUAUUGAAAAUAUGAAUAUAUUCGUUCUGAUGCUAAUAUGUACUAUUUGAUUUAAGAAUUUUAUGCAUCUUUGCUAGAACUACUUUUUUGGUAAAACAUGACAAUCGAUUACCGCAAAUAGAAAGUUUUAAAAUCAGGCAUGUUAAAUAAGUUUUGUUUUUAUAUCAAAAUGUGCAGUUCUAGUUGUUUAAUAUUUUUUUUGUCCAUUUGGGUCUAAUCAGAAUUAUUAUUUGAUUUUUUUUGUAAUUGUUCUGUUUGGAGUGUAAAUUUUAAUAUAAAUAUAGCUUAUUGGUGUUUUA